UUGCAACUGUAGCAGGCAAAUUGGAGAAGAAACAAAGAGGGAGCGAAAAUCGAUAGGAUGUUCGUUGGCGUGCGCUUCUCUGUUGGAGCCCGUGUCGCUGUGGCAUUGGCUUCAGUAUUAAUCUUCCUCUCCCUCUUCGCUGACUGCGCCAACAACAACGAUUCUCAGGAGAAAUGCAGUAGAACCUGUGUUGCCCAGAACUGUAAUUCGGUUGGAAUUAGAUACGGGAAGUAUUGUGGAGUAGGGUGGACUGGGUGUCCUGGAGAGAAACCGUGUGAUGAUGUCGAUGCCUGUUGUAAGAUUCACGAUGAGUGCGUCGAGAAGAAAGGUUUGAAUAAUAUCAAGUGCCACGAGAAGUUCAAAUCUUGCAUAAAGAAAGUCCAUAAAUCCGGAAAGGUUGGGUUUUCUCGGGAUUGCACUUAUGAAACAGCUGUUCCUACUAUGGUGCAGGGAAUGGAUAUGGCCAUUUUACUUUCCCAGUUAGGCAGCUCAAAGAUUGAACUAUAAACUUUUCAAAAGUCGAAAAGAGCAAUACCAAGCAUUGUAUUCUUUUUUUUUCUUUUUUCUUUUUUUCAUUCAGCCAAUUCGAGUCGUUAAGACUUCUUGAACGUGAAGUUUCCUUACCUGAA